UGUAGAAAGUAGCACCCAAAAUCAAACCGUUUUCUAACUUUCAUACAUAUAUUCAUCAUCACUGCUUUUCAAUUUUUCACACAUCAACCAGUUUUUAUUCAUAAACUCUGCGUUGAAUCUGCUUUUUCUGUACAAUUUUUUGAUUUUUUAGUGUUCUGUAAUCAAUUAGGUAAUUGAUUAGGAAUUGAUCAUGUCGCUGAGGCCUAGCGCACGUACGGAGGUGCGGCGGAACCGGUACAAGGUGGCGGUUGACGCGGAUGAAGGACGGAGGCGGAGGGAGGAUAAUAUGGUUGAGAUCCGGAAGAAUAAGAGAGAGGAGAACUUGUUGAAGAAGCGGCAGUUGCUGUCGUCGUCGCAGUCGUUGGCUGCUGGUGUGCCUGUUCAAGCGUCUACGGUUGAGAAGAAGCUGGAAAGUCUCCCUUCUAUGGUUGCUGGAGUUUACUCCAAUGAUAAUAAUUUGCAGCUGGAGGCAACUACUCAGUUUCGUAAAUUGCUUUCCAUAGAACGGAGCCCACCAAUUGAGGAAGUUAUACAAUCGGGGGUUGUACCUCGCUUUGUCGAGUUCUUGAUGAGGGAAGAUUUUCCACAGCUUCAGUUUGAGGCUGCUUGGGCACUCACAAACAUCGCAUCUGGAACCUCUGAUAAUACAAAGGUCGUAAUUGAACACGGGGCGGUCCCAAUAUUUGUUAAGCUUCUAGCUUCUCCAAGCGAUGAUGUACGCGAGCAGGCUGUUUGGGCGUUGGGAAAUGUUGCUGGUGAUUCUCCCCGAUGCCGUGAUCUCGUUCUCGGUCACGGUGCUUUGAUGCCCUUACUUGCUCAGUUAAACGAGAAUGCUAAGCUUUCUAUGCUCAGAAACGCCACAUGGACGUUAUCAAAUUUUUGUCGAGGAAAACCGCAGCCUCCAUUUGAGCAGACAAGGCCUGCUCUUCCGGCCCUUCAGCGUCUUAUUCAUUCAAAUGAUGAAGAGGUGUUGACAGAUGCAUGCUGGGCUCUCUCUUAUCUUUCUGAUGGUACCAAUGACAAAAUACAAGCUGUGAUUGAUGCUGGUGUUUGCCAACGUCUUGUUGAGCUUCUCCUUCAUCCAUCUCCAUCGGUGCUUAUCCCUGCGCUUCGAACUGUUGGGAAUAUUGUCACAGGCGAUGAUCUCCAAACUCAGCAUAUUAUCGAAUGCGGUGCGCUUCCUUGCUUGUUGAGCUUGUUGACCCAUAACCACAAGAAGAGUAUCAAAAAGGAAGCUUGCUGGACAAUCUCAAACAUCACUGCUGGAAACAAAGAACAGAUACGGACGGUUAUCGAGGCUGGAUUAAUAGCUCCGCUAGUCAAUCUACUCCAGACUGCUGAAUUCGAUAUUAAAAAAGAGGCCGCGUGGGCAAUAUCAAAUGCCACUUCUGGUGGUACCAAUGAGCAAAUCAAGUAUUUGGUGAAUCAAGGCUGUAUAAAACCGUUGUGCGAUCUCCUCGUAUGUCCCGAUCCAAGAAUCGUGACCGUCUCUCUAGAAGGGCUUGAGAACAUUCUUAAAGUAGGUGAGGUGGAAAAGCAAGCGGGUAACUCGGGUGAUGUUAAUUUCUUCGCCCAGUUGAUUGAUGAUGCGGAUGGGUUAGAGAAGAUUGAGAAUUUGCAAAGUCAUGAUAAUAAUGAGAUUUAUGAAAAGGCGGUUAAGAUUCUCGAGACGUAUUGGCUUGAUGAGGAUGAUGAAAAUGUGGCUGAUGGUGGUCAGGCUGGUUUUGACUUCGGUGGAAAUAACGUUCAAGUUCCGUCUGGUGGAUUUAAUUUUAACAGCUGAAGGGUUUUCAAGGUAUGAUGAAGUACGUUGGUGGCGUCAAAGGUCAAGUCCUGUUAGGUCGGGUUAAGUCAUCGGGUCAGGUCAAGUCGGGUCGGGUCAGAGCAUCUCGUGUCGUCGGGUUACAGAAUGGUCGAGUCACUGGUUAUUGUUUUGAAGAGAUGCAAAAGGUGGGUCUGUUGGUUCCAGUAUUCGAAGGGGUUGACCAAGGAUUUUAUUUAGCGAGUUUAUCGGUAAAUUGUUUGGUUGUUACUUCAAGCAGCUGGAGGUGGUCAUUUCGUUUUAGUGAGGGUUUAAGAGUUACAAAUAUACACGGAGUCUUUAUUAAUUUCGGGUUUUUAUCUUUGAUAUUUUUGGACACGUAUGUUUUUAUACUCUGUCGGGGCGUUCGUUUUACUAGUGUCUUAUGUUUUAUUGUUGAGUUGGACGUGUUCAUGUUUUACCGUUUAUGGAAAUAUCACACUUCUUGGAUA